AUGUUUCCCAUUUCUUGCUUCAUUGCAGUCAAACUGAUGUUUGAGAUUGUGCACAUGAUGAAAGAGUUGGGCGUGGUGUUGUGUAGCGAGAUAGAAUACGGAAUCAGAUAUGGCUGCGGCUAUGGAUAG